GCGGUAUGCGGGCGCGGCGGGCGUAGGCGGCGGCGGCAAGCGCUGUAGCCAGCGGGCGGCAGCCUCCAUCGAGCGUGCGGGCGGCGGACGGCACGGGCACGACGGAGUUCCGUGCUUUUCGGGGCGGCCCGGCACAAAAAUGGGCCUGUGGGCUCGUGCUUGGUCCGAGGACGCGGUACGACAGGCAGCACGGCACGGCCUGAUAGCAUGGUCGUGCCGGGACUGGCCCGAUCAGUUCGUGCCCGGGCCAGCCUGGGCCCAUGCCGGGCCGUGCCAGGCGGCCCGAAUGGCCCAUGUGGACCACUACAUGUCAAUCAUUUAUUCCUCACUUUGAACAUGUUGAGGCUCUUGAGGUUCUUCUCCAGGGUCUCUCUGGUGUCCCAAAAGAGCGUGUUAGGGUGCAUGAGCUCUGUCUUAAAAGUGGGCCCAAUCUAGGUGUUGUCCCAUCAGAGGUUCGUUUGUUGUGUGACUUAGCUCAGGCCACACCAUCCUGGACCAUAAGACAUGUUGGUGGUGCCAUGAGAGGUGCUGGUGCAGAGCAAAUCUCAGUUUUGGUUCGUACAGUUGUUGAGAGCAAGGCUAGCAAGAAUGUCUUGCACUACUUCUACACUUUAGGGUACAAGCUAGACCAUGAAAUCUUGAAGAUCGGUUUUGCAUUCCGUUUCCACCGAGGUGCCCAGAUCACUGUUACUGUUACAUCUGCUAACAAGAUGCCAAGGCUCCAUGCAACUGAUGAAGCUAUGCCGGUCACUCCUGGCAUACAGCUAGUGGAAAUCACAGCUCCUGCUGCUGAUGACAAUUACAAUGAUGUUGUUUCAGCCGUCACUGCAUUCUGUGAAUUUCUUGCUCCGCUGCUACAUCUGUCAAAACCAGGACAUUCAACUGGAAUUGUCGCAACUGCUGGCGCCGCUGCUGCCUCGCUCAUGUCAAGUGGUGGUGGCAAAACCUUGUGAAGUGGUUUUCUUGGCUGCUGAGGUGGUUUUCUUUGGGCUGAGGUGGUCUUGUGCCGCUGCAGUUUUGCCUUAUGGCUGGUGGUGCCCGUGGCUGCCACUGGUUGUGCCUACCCAAUUGGUUGACCUGAUGUCGUGCCUUGUAGCUGCACGGCCUGUGAGACCUACCUGUCGUGUAUAUCCAAUGAUUUUUAGUAUUCUUAUUGACUAAAUCAUUUAGCUGGCGUUGUUAUCUGAUCGCGGUACUUGUUCUGAAGUAACGCCUAACGAAGCUGCAAGUGCUUGGUGUCUGGGACAUCAUGGGGUGGCACGUUGAGUAGUGUUUUCCAUCUUGGUCAUGUUUUGUGAUGUCUAUGAGACAGAUGACAAUUAUUGGUGCCAUUUUCUAAUUGGACGCAUUGGGGAGAUGUUGGACUGUUAUACGUGGAAUAUGAUAGGGUAUAUUUCCGAUGGUACUAA